GCUCAUAUGACUUCUGCACAGCCAUGGGAAGAAUGGUUACUCUAACUCUGAUAACUUUUUUUGGAGCAAUAAUAUGUUGUUCCUGGACAAAAAACCUACCAAACGCUCCAUCUCCAAACAUCAUCAUCAUGCUCAUGGAUGACAUGGGCUGGGGGGACUUGGGGGUGUUUGGCCAGCCUUCUAAAGAAACCCCCAAUCUAGAUGCCAUGGCAGCUGAAGGGAUGCUCCUACCAAACUUCUACACUGCCAACCCACUCUGCUCCCCCUCUCGAGCUGCACUUCUCACUGGGAGGCUGCCCAUCAGAAAUGGUUUCUACACUACUAAUGCCCGUGCCAGAAACGCAUACACACCACAGGACAUAGUAGGAGGUAUAUCCAAGGAUGAGAUUUUGUUACCCCAGCUGCUGAAGACAAAGGGCUAUGUCAGCAAGAUAGUUGGGAAGUGGCACCUGGGCCACAGACCAAAGUAUCUUCCUCUGAAGAACGGUUUUGAUGAAUGGUUUGGUUCACCAAACUGCCACUUUGGCCCUUAUAACGACCAGUCGAUACCAAACAUCCCCGUCUACAACAACUCUGAGAUGCUCGGCAGAUUCUAUGAGGACUUUAAGAUUGACAGAAAGACUGGAGAGUCAAACCUCACACAGAUCUACCUGAUGGAAGGUCUUGACUUCAUACUUCGUCAAACUAAAGCUCAGCAGCCCUUCUUCCUCUACUGGGCAGUCGACGCCACUCACGCCCCCGUCUAUGCCUCCAAACGCUUCUUAGGGAAGAGCCAGCGAGGCCGCUAUGGCGAUGCGGUGAUGGAGCUGGACUACAGCAUCGGUCAGAUUUUGAAGUGGCUGCGAACUUUUGGUAUUGACAAUAAUACCUUUGUGUUCUUCACCUCAGACAACGGUGCAGCUGUUAUGUCUGGCCCCAAUGAAAGUGGCAGCAACGGACCCUUCCUCUGUGGGAAGGAGACCACCUUUGAGGGAGGCAUGAGAGAGCCUGCCAUUGCUUGGUGGCCUGGGCACAUCAAAGAAGGCUCAGUGAACUUCCAGUUGGCCAAUGUCAUGGACCUGUUCACCACUAGUCUGGUUCUCGCUGGCAUCAACCCUCCUGAUGAUCGAAUCCUAGACGGACUGGACCUAACACCUGUUUUGCUCAACUCCUCCCAGCCACUCAAAAACAGGCCAAUAUUUUAUUACCGUGGGAAUAAACUGAUGGCUGUGAGGCUUGGACAAUACAAGGCACACUACUGGACCUGGAGCAACUCAUGGGAGGAGUUUAGACAGGGCAUAAACUUCUGUCCGGGUGAAGAGGUGCCAAAUGUGACUACUCACGAGCAGAAGGAGCACACACUCCAGCCACUCAUUUUCCACCUGGGGCGGGAUCCUGGAGAAAAGUUCCCUCUCAGUGUUCUUUCUAAGGAGUACCAGGGCGCUCUGAGCGGGAUAUCUGCAGUUGUGCAGCAGCAUAAAGACACUCUGGUGCCCGGCAUUCCCCAGCUCAACAUGUGUGACAGUGCAGUGAUGAACUGGGCCCCAGCUGGCUGUAAGAAGUUGGGAAAGUGUCUGAAACCGCCCGAGUCUAACCCCUGGAAGUGCGACUGGCCACACUGAGAGCAAAAGUACUGGACGCCAACAUGAGGAACUAAAACCUGAAGAUGUGCCAAGCCAUAGAAUAGGACACAGCCUCUGUGUGUAAAGGAAUGUAUUUUUAAACUCUUUGUGUUUUUGUACAAUGUUUGAAGAAAAGAGCAUUCGGUCAAAUCAGGGAAACAUGUUUGCAAACUAUGAUUGCAGUUAUUUUUAUAUCUGUGUGUUUUAAUCUGCCAACUCUAUUUCAACUUGCUAUGGAAUGGAUAAAACAGAUUUUACUGGUGUAGAUGAAGGAUGCCAAACUCAUUUUACAUUGUGAGCCACAUACAUCCCACUUUAAUUUGAAGUGGGCCAUACCAGUGAAACUUCCCUUUCUGUCUUUAAUUACACAUUUAAUCCUUGAGAUAUCUUAAUAUGAGCAAUAGAAGUGCAAUUUCAGCAGCAUUUAUCAGGUUUUUUUCUACGUGGUAAAGAACUGCUGCUCAAGUUAAUGAAACAAGUCUGUCAGCACUCUUACACUGUAAGAAAAAAAUUGUAUGGGCUUAAAUUGUGAGAAAUAUGUAAAAUUGGGUGUAAAAAGAAAACGUGUAUUUAUGUGUACAGUGCAUAGGUUUAGUGGAUACACAGGGUAUCUUGUGAAUGCAUUGUAAAACACACACACAUAAAGAAAUUCCUAUACUAAAUAUUAAAAAAAGUUUUUUUCUUCAUUAUUUCAUUUUUUAUGUAUGUUUAACUUAUGUGUCAGGUCAUUAUCAGUCAAAAUAAAGCUGUAACACCUAUAAACAUAUAGUUAAAAGGGCAACAAUUGCACCUUCCUUCACAUUUUUAAAUGCUUUUCAGUUAGGCCGGAUUAGAGUCUAUGCCGGGGUGAUUCUGGCCCCCGGGCCUUGUGUUUGACACCUUUGCUGCAGAUGGUGGGUCCUUGUCAUUAUUGUAUACUGCUCAAACACAGGAAUCCAAAUUGAACACAGCAUCAUCUUGCUGGGUAACCUUUUUGUUCAGGUAUAAUACAUACCGCACCCUGAUGUGCUGGUCUCCAUAAUCAGUCCAGCCACAUACAUGCAUCCACCAAAGCAAACCUAGUGCACUUCACAACAUGCAAAAUCCAAAGGUAGUGUCACAGCGUGGGGGGUCCAGAGUCCGUGUCCCAGUAGGGCAGAACUGUUUUGGUGGCAUGAGAGGAAAGGGCUUCAUACACUAUGUGCUCAUAAAGGAUUUGUUCCUGUGGCCAAAAAUAUCUGAUGGUAAUUUCAAGAGUCAAGAUUAGCUGUAUUUCUCACAUACAUAAUUAUACAAGUAAAAUCUGCAGUGAAAUGCAUAUGCACCAAUUCUAAGGAGCUUGGAAAGAAAAGCAUCUGGACUUCUUUAAGUUUCCUUGAAGACGUUUCACCUCUCAUCCCCUCAAGCCAAGACCUACACAAGCCAAGGUGUAGGUCACAGUCAGCCGAGGGUUUCGGGUGAACCCAUUGUGAAGCCCAGCUCCACCCUAUCAUGUGAUUUCCUGAGGUCAGAUGGCCCAGGAUGUGAGUGGGC